UAGACGUACAUUCAGUUUAGUUUUUCAGAAUAAGUGUCGUACUUGGAUCGUUGCAGAGCAUAUCUCCGUGAUUUCCUUUUGCCAUGACGUGUGGAAUACGAGCCUCUACUCGGUGCGUAAAAUGGCGCAUUUGUUGCGGACAGAUUUGGCAUCUUCUGUUCUUCCUUUUUUAUUUCAACCAAUUGGUCAGCGGACAUAUCCGAUAUUCAAUCCCAGAGGAGAUGAAGAAAGGCUCCCUAAUCGGUAAUGUAGCACAGGAUCUUGGUUUGGAUCUAAAAAGGCUCCAUUCUGGUCGGGCCCGUAUCGUGACCGGAGAGAGCAUCCAGUACACCGAGCUGAAGACAGACAAAGGGAUUCUAGUCGUGAAAGAGAGAAUGGACCGGGAGCAGCUUUGCGGAGACGUAACACCAUGCAGUUUCAGCUUUGAAGUGAUUUUAGAGAACCCUAUGGAGCUUCAUCAAAUCACUGUUGAAAUAAUAGACAUAAAUGAUCAUUCGCCCUCUUUUAAAAGAGAUAAAAUCAAUUUUGAAAUCAGUGAAACAGCUAAUACUGGGGCUCGUUUUUCAUUGGCCAGUGCAGAAGACCCCGAUGUGGGAAUCAACGGACUCCGAGAAUAUUUUCUGACCGAGAAUGACAAUUUUGUUCUGAAACAAAACUCUAAUGCAGAUGGAAAGAAAUAUGCAGAGAUGGUGUUACAGAAGCCAUUAGACAGAGAGACGAAUCCUAAUCUGUCUCUAAAGCUAAUAGCUGUAGACGGUGGAACUCCACAAAGAUCUGGUACAGUAAAUAUAGAUAUCACUGUUCUUGAUAUCAAUGAUAAUGCGCCUGUAUUUAAUCAAUCUGUGUACAAAGCCACAGUAAUGGAAAACGCUCCCAGAGAUACAUAUGUGACCACAGUUAACGCUAGUGACGCAGAUUCCGGGACAAACAGUAUUGUAACAUAUUAUUUUUCAGAUCUUAACAGUGGUCUCGGUGAUUUGUUCAUGAUCGAUGAAAAAACUGGCAUCAUUUUCAUAUCAGGUUCUCUUGAUUAUGAAAAAGAUAGAAAGUACGAACUCAGAAUCGAUGCAAAAGAUCAAGGAGGUUUGACAGAUUCAAGCAAAGUGAUAAUUGAAGUGAUUGAUAUAAAUGACAACUCUCCUGUCAUAAGUGUUAUGUCAUUCACAAGUCCUGUUUCAGAGGACUCUCCUCCUGGCACAACUAUUGGCAUUAUAAAUGUAAAAGACCUCGAUUCAGGUGAUAACGGGCAAGUAAAUUGUAGAAUCGAACAAAAUGCACCGUUCAAGAUUAAAUCCAAUUUAAGAAAUUACUAUACUUUAGUAACAGAUACUUUAUUAGAUCGAGAAAGUGUUUCAGAGUAUAACAUCACUGUAGUUGUGACAGAUGCAGGAAUUCCCCCUCUCUCAACAAAAAGAAAAUUUCAUUUAAAGGUAUCUGAUGUGAAUGAUAAUGCUCCAGUAUUUUCAGAAGGUGUUUACAAUGCGUUUAUCACAGAGAACAACGCUCCAGGUAUUUCUGUUCUCACGGUCAGGGCUAAAGAUCCCGAUGAAAACCAAAAUGCCCGUAUAUCUUAUAUUCUGGAAAAUACUAAUAUCGGUGGAUCUCCAGUUUCUGAAUAUGUUUCUAUAAACUCAGAAAGUGGAGUGAUCCAUGCAGUGCGGUCAUUUGAUUAUGAGCAAAUCAAACAGCUGGCUUUUGUCGUCAAAGCGCAGGAUGGAGGCUCCCCUCCACUCAGUAGCAAUGUGACUGUGAAAAUAAUGAUCCAGGACCAGAACGACAACCCCCCUCAGGUUCUGUACCCAGUCCAGACUGGUGGCUCUCUGGUGGCUGAAAUGGUGCCUCGUUCAGCAGAUGUGGGCUAUCUGGUCACUAAAGUGGUGGCUGUUGAUGUGGACUCUGGACAGAAUGCCUGGCUCUCCUAUAAACUGCAGAAAGCCACAGACAGGGCGCUGUUUGAAGUGGGCUUACAGAAUGGAGAAAUAAGAACUAUCCGCCAAGUGACUGAUAAAGAUGCUGUGAAACAAAGACUGACUGUUAUAGUGGAGGACAACGGGCAGCCCUCUCGUUCAGCUACAGUCAUUGUUAACGUGGCGGUGGCGGACA